AUGACUGACGUUGCGGAAGCGUCUACGGCGACCCUGUCGGCGUCGCCACCGCCAGCUGACGGCGGUAAGCGCGAACUCAAGAAGAAGCAGAUAGCAUUGGACCUUGGAUUCCUACCGAUACCGAAACGACUCAGACACGACCCAGAGAGCCCGCCCAAGUUUGGUCUGGUGCUCAAUGCAACCUUCGGUUUCGCGAGCACCUUCGUGGUCUCAAAUCUCUAUUACUGUCAACCUUUGCUAAUCGAAUUCUCAAAAUCCUUCAAUGUAUCUUACGAUCGAGUAUCAAACAUUCCAACUCUAGUCCAGGCAGGCUAUGCUACUGGUCUUGUCUUAAUAUCACCCCUUGGCGACCUCGUCCGGCGUCGCCCGCUCAUCCUCCUCCUCGUUAUCCUCUCCGGCUCCCUCUCCAUCGGCCUCUGCAUCACAAACUCCCUCGCCGUCUUCGAAGCCCUCUGCUUCCUGGUCGGCGUCGUGACCGUCACCCCGCAGAUUCUCAUGCCGCUUGCGGCCGACCUCGCCCCGCCGGAGCGCAAAGCCUCCGCGAUCUCCAUCGUGCUCUCGGGCCUGCUCUUCGGCAUCCUCAUCGCGCGCGUGCUCGCGGGCAUCAUCGCGCAGUUCGCGUCCUGGCGCGUCGUGUACUACUUCGCCGUCGGCGUGCAGUUCCUGUGCCUCGCCAUGCUCUACCUUGUGCUCCCCGACUACCCCGCGAAGAACCCGGACAUGUCGUACUUUGGGAUUCUGUGGACGAUGGCUAAGUUUGCGGUCACAGAGCCGAUCCUGAUACAGACGUGCCUGAUCAACGUUGCGUCGAGCGCGAAUUUUACGAAUUUCUGGGUGACGCUCACGUUCCUCCUGGGCGGGCCGCCCUAUCAUUACUCGACGGUAGAUAUCGGGCUGUUUGGCCUGGUAGGCAUGUUCGGCGUGGCAAUGGGUCCACUCAUCGGCCGCCUCAUCGACAGACUGGUCCCGUGGUACGCCACCCUGGUCGGAACUCUCGCGCUAUUGGUGUUCCAGUCCAUACAGACGGGUGCCGGUGGAGUCAACAUCGCCGCCGUCAUUAUUGUGUGCUUCGGCCUGGACGUGUUCAGGCAGAUGCAGCAGGUCUCGUUGACCACUGUGGUGUAUACCAUUGAUGAGAAGGCAAGAGCGCGGCUAAACGCUGUCGUCCUCUUAUCGCUCUUCAUCGGCCAAGUAAUGGGCACGUCCGUCGGCACGAAAAUCUUCGUCGAGCACGGCUGGCGCGCGGCAUCGGGGCUCGCCAUGGGCUUCCUGGGCUGGCAGCUCCUCAUCCUGCUCCUCCGCGGCCCACACUGCGGCCGCUUCACGUGGUUCGGGUACGAGGGCGGCUUGGAGCCGCGCAAGGGCGUGGUGAUGGAACGCAAGCGGAGAGAGGAGGCCGAGAAGAACGGCGUUCGUGUCAAUGACGAUGGUAAUGAACGACAGGAUGAGAAGGUUGUUGAGGGUGGGCAGGAGGAUAGGACGGAGAAGAGGGGCGGGGCGGAGGAUCCAGGGCUGCAGGAGGAUGUCAAGGAGAAGGAUCCGUCACGGAUGGUUUAGUUCUGCUAUAGAUGACAUGAUUACGAUAUAGACUGCAUCGACGCUUCAUGAAUUCAA